AUUUAAUUUAUAGUUAUUUUGUUUAGUUAAGCAGUAUAGUAUAUUCAAAUUGUAGGACUAAAUUGUAAUACAAACCAAUUUAAUCUAAACAAGCAAAAUGUCAGAAAUGCUUAAAAAUUUGGGCAGAGAAUCACAAAACUCUGAAAGCAGGGUCUCUGUUGAGGAUCAGCUAAAAGUGUAUGAAUUAUGUAAAACACAUUUAGGCGGCCAUUGGAGUGAUGUUAGUGCCGAUCAAUUGGACAUCAAACGCGUUACGGGCGGUAUAGUAAACAAAUCAUAUUGCUGCAGUUUGCCGCAAAGUGCACAAACCGGUCAUGAUAAAUGCCAUUACUUCACUGCCGAGGAUGACCUGAACCCUAGAUGUGUGGCACUGUUAGCCAAAAAGAUGGCAAAAAUGCAUUCAUUAGACGUACCCAUAACUAAGGACAGCCACCAAUUCCUUAUGAAAAACUAUUUGGAUAUUUUUGUGGGGCCGGUAUUCGAGUCCUACAAAAAGGGACACAUCUAUGAGGAGAUCCAAAGACACAAAUUGCAGACAUUUAUGGAAAUGGAUUUAUGCGAUGAGAUGUCGUGGGCUAUAGAGGUGUCGGUGGGUUUGGGAGGGCCGGUAGUCUUCACGCACAACGAUCUCAAUCGUCGCAAUAUAUUAGUCCGCAAUACGUGUGACACAAAUGCCGACGAUUUAGAUAUCUUUAUAGUGGACUACGACUGGAGUUGUUAUAUGUUUAGGGGCGCAGACUUUUGCCUCCAUUACCAGUGUUUCGCGUGA